AUGACCAAGUUCCAGGAAGCGGUGACGUUCAAGGACGUGGCUGUGGUCUUCAGUGAGGAGGAGCUGAGGCUGCUGGACUCCACUCAGAAGAAGCUGUACCAAGAUGUGAUGCUGGAGACCUUCUGGAACCUGCUCUCCGUGGAGGACAAGCAUCAAACUAAGAAUAAGAUCGAGACUCUUGAAAGAUUAAGGUACCAUUUAUAUGAAGAGCUUUCCUGCAGUGUAAUCUGGGAAAAGGUUGUAAGAGAAUUGACUAGAAAUCAAGAUUCCACGAUAAAUCUCCAAGGGAAGAGAGAGAAGCAGUUUAAGUGUGAUGAGUGUGACAAGGGCCGCAGCCAGAGUUCUUACUUUCACACGCAUCAGAGAGCGUACACAGGGGAGAAGCCCUGUACAUACCGUGAAUGUGGCAAGAGCUUCAGUCAGACUUCCUCUCUCCAUACCCAUCAGCUCAUUCAUCCAGAAGGGAAGACUUUUAGGUGUGAUACUUGUGGGAAGCAUUUUGAUAAUAGCUCUGAUCUUAACACCCACUGUCAGGUCCACAGUGGAGAGAAACUCUAUCUCUGCAGUGAGUGUGGGAAAAGCUUCAGGCAGAGCUCACAGUAUGAAGCUCAUCUAAGAGUCCACACAGGAGAGGAGUCAUUGAAAUGUGAGGAUUAUGGAAAGGGCUUUAGUGAACGAUCAGAAUUUUAUAAUCAUCAAGUCCACUUAGGAGAGCCUCCCCAUCAAUGUGAUAAGUGUCUUAAGUGUUUCAAUAGUAAGUCAAGUCUCCAUGUCCAUCAGAGAGUCCAUACGGUUGAGAGACCUUAUAAGUGUGAGGAAUGUGGGAAGACCUUUAAUUGGAGUUCACAUCUGUAUGUUCACAGGCGGGUUCACACGGGAGAAAAGCCCUAUAAAUGUGAGAAAUGUGAUAAGGGCUUCAGUCAGGCUUCGCAUCUUCAGGCCCAUCAGAGAAUGCAUAGUGGAGAGAAACCAUACAAGUGUAAUACGUGUGCUAAGGGCUUCAGUCGGAGUUCAUAUCUUCGGGUUCAUCAGCGAAUCCAUACCGGAGAGAAGCCAUUUAAAUGUAUGGCAUGUGGUAAAGGCUUCCGGCAGCGCUCCUAUCUUCACACACAUCAAAGAGUGCACAUGGUGGAGAAACCCUACAAAUGUCAUGACUGUGGAAAGGGCUUUUGCCAGAGUUCUUCUCUCCUUGCUCAUCAGCUCAUUCACACUGACAAGAAAUCCUUCGAAUGUGAAAAGUGUGGGAAACUCUUCAGCUGGAGCUCGCAUCUUCAGGCCCAUCUAAGAGUGCACACAGAGGAGAAACCAUUCAAAUGUGAUGAUUGCGGGAAGGGUUUUAGUGGCAGAUUUGCGCUUCGCAGCCAUCAACAGCUCCACUCAGGAGAGACCCCCUAUCAAUGCGAUAACUGUAUGAAGGGUUUCACUAGUAAGGCAAGUCUCCGAAUCCAUCAGAGAAUUCACAUGGUUGAGAAACCUUACAAGUGUGAGGAAUGUGGGAAGUGCUUUAAUUGGAGCUCCCAUCUCUAUGUUCAUAGGCGGGUCCACACAGGAGAGAAACCCUAUAAAUGUGGGGAAUGUGGUAAGGGCUUUAGUCAGACUUCACAUCUUCAGGCCCAUCAGAGAAUCCAUACUGGAGAGAAGCCAUACAAAUGUAGUAUAUGUGCUAAGGGCUUCAGUCGGAGUUCAUAUCUUCUGGUCCAUCAUCGAAUCCAUACUGGAGAGAAACCAUUUAAAUGUGUGGUAUGUGGAGUUUCCACCGAAGAGAAACCCGAGAAGUGUGACAUAUGA